CCGCGUGCCCGCGCCUCAGUGUGAGAGAGGGAGCUCGGGAAGUUUUUUUCUUCUUCUUCUUCUCUCUUUCCCUCUGGUUCCCCCUCCCCAUUUGCCGCUUCUGCUCCCGAGACAGUUCUUAAAAAGCAGGAGCAAAGGAGAUGUUACAACAAACCUAGCCACGAGGAAGGCGUCUGUUUUGGGUGUUGUGAUUGUUUCAAAUAGUCUCUCCCCCCCCCCCGCGCCCCGUUUUCUUUUUUCUUUUUGAAUGAAACUGACCCGGGUCACCUGUUACCUCUCAGUUUUUAGAUCGCUUUGAACUUCGUGGAGGACUCUCUCUCUGUCGCUCUCGCUCCUUCGUCCGCACACACUCCCCCUCCAUCUACUACAGCCACAGGACGAGAAGGGAGCUCCGCGGACUUAAAAAAAAAAUAAAUACCGUCGAUCUUACCAAGAGGGACUUUACAGUGGUCUUCUGAAGCAUGGGCUGCAUCUGCCGGAUUGUCGGGCUUUUCUUGGGAGUAUUACUACUAGCGGAACGAGCACGCUGCCAACAUGUCAAGAACAACGUGCCGCGGCUAAAAUUAUCCUAUAAAGAAAUGUAUGAAUCCAACAAUAUAAUCACUUUCCAUGGCCUGGUUAAUAGUUCCAGUUACCACACCUUCCUUUUGGAUGAGGAGCGGAGUAGGCUGUAUGUUGGAGCGAAGGAUCACAUAUUUUCAUUCAACUUAGUCAACAUCAAGGAAUAUCAAAAGAUUGUUUGGCCUGUAUCUCCUACCCGUAGGGAUGAGUGCAAGUGGGCUGGAAAAGAUAUUCUGAAAGAAUGUGCUAACUUCAUCAAGGUGCUUAAAGCAUAUAACCAAACUCACUUGUAUGUCUGUGGAACUGGCGCUUUCCAUCCCGUAUGCACGUACAUUGAAGUUGGAGGACAUCCUGAGGACAAUAUUUUUAAGCUGGAAGAUUCGCAUUUUGAAAAUGGUAGAGGAAAAAGCCCUUAUGACCCCAAACUGCAAACAGCUUCUCUUUUAAUAGAUGGUGAACUUUAUUCUGGAACAGCAGCAGACUUCAUGGGCAGAGAUUUUGCUAUUUUCCGUACCCUGGGACACCAUCAUCCAAUCAGGACAGAGCAGCAUGACUCCCGAUGGCUUAAUGAUCCUAGGUUUGUUAGCGCUCAUCUGAUCCCAGAAAGUGACAAUCCAGAAGACGAUAAGAUCUACUUUUUCUUCCGGGAAAAUGCAAUUGAUGGGGAACAUUCUGGAAAAGCUACACAUGCCAGAAUUGGGCAGAUAUGUAAGAAUGACUUUGGUGGCCACAGAAGCCUUGUCAACAAAUGGACCACUUUUCUCAAAGCACGUCUCAUGUGUUCUGUGCCAGGGCCAAAUGGUAUCGAUACACAUUUUGAUGAACUCCAGGAUGUGUUUCUAAUGAACUCAAAAGACCCUAAAAAUCCAAUAAUCUACGGAGUGUUUACAACUUCCAGCAACAUCUUCAAAGGCUCCGCUGUGUGUAUGUAUAGCAUGACCGAUGUGAGGCGUGUGUUCCUUGGUCCAUAUGCUCACAGAGAUGGCCCAAAUUAUCAAUGGGUUCCUUACCAAGGAAGAGUACCCUACCCACGGCCGGGAACUUGCCCAAGUAAAACAUUUGGUGGCUUUGACUCAACCAAGGACCUCCCGGAUGAAGUCAUCACCUUCGCAAGGAGCCACCCUGCCAUGUACAACCCAGUAUUCCCUAUCAAUAACCGCCCCAUAAUGAUCAAAACAGAUCUAGAUUAUCAGUUCACACAGAUUGUGGUUGACCGAGUGGAUGCUGAGGAUGGCCAGUAUGAUGUCAUGUUCAUUGGAACAGAUAUUGGGACAGUUUUGAAAGUAGUCUCUAUUCCGAAGGAGACUUGGCAUGACUUGGAGGAAGUUUUGCUGGAAGAAAUGACAGUCUUUCGGGAACCCACAGCAAUUACAGCAAUGAAGAUUUCCACAAAACAGCAACAGCUCUACAUUGGCUCAGCUGUUGGGGUUUCCCAGCUUCCUCUGCAUCGCUGUGAUGUGUAUGGGAAAGCAUGUGCAGAGUGCUGCCUUGCUAGAGACCCAUACUGUGCCUGGGAUGGCUCCUCAUGCUCUCGCUACUUCCCCACUGCUAAGAGACGUACAAGACGGCAAGAUAUACGAAAUGGUGACCCUCUUACUCAUUGCUCAGAUCUACAGCAUCAUGAUAAUCCAAGUGGACAUGGACUUGAAGAGAAGAUCAUCUAUGGAGUGGAAAACAGCAGCACUUUUCUAGAAUGCAGUCCAAAAUCUCAGCGUGCUCUGGUCUACUGGCAAUUCCAGAAGCAAAAUGAUGAUCGGAAAGAAGAGAUCAAAGCAGAUGAUCGCUUAAUCCGGACAGAACAAGGUCUUCUGCUGCGGAGCUUACAGCGGAAGGACUCGGGAGUUUAUUUCUGUCACGCUGUUGAACAUGGCUUUAUGCAAACUCUCCUCAAAGUGACCUUGGAGAUUAUUGAUACAGAGCACCUUGAAGAGCUGCUUCAUAAAGAGGAAGAGGGUGAUGGCUCCAAGGUCAAAGAAGCAUCCAACAGCAUGACCCCAAGCCAAAAAGUUUGGUAUAGGGAUUUCAUGCAGCUCAUCAACCACCCCAACUUAAAUACAAUGGAUGAGUUCUGUGAGCAGGUGUGGAAAAGGGACCGCAAACAACGCCGGCAAAGACCCGCCAAUACCCAAGUGAAUACAAACAAGUGGAAGCAUCUACAAGAGAAUAAGAAAGGCAGGAACAGGAGGACCCAUGAGUUUGAGAGGGCACCACGGAGUGUCUGAGCUUCAAUUACCUCUGGGAACUUCACCCAAGUAGAAUCUUGCAUAGACAGGUAACUGGAAAUGAAAUGCAAUAUACAUGAACUUUCCUACGGCAUUUAUGUGGAUGUUUACAAGGAGCUGGGAAGCUCAAACAAUUUCCACCUGGUUUAAAAUGAACCCGGUUGGUUAGGAAUUUCCCAUCGGACAUGUCCCACCAAGCCCCAGUGUUUCAAGGAUGGAAGCUCUCUGAAACUAACUUAUUGUUCUGUGGAUUCUACAGUGAGACUGGUCCAGCUGUUCCCUUUUGGACUGAGGUAUAAGAAGUGUCAUCUGUCAUUCUUCCAUUUAGAAAAGGAGUAAAAGGGGGAGCGAGCUCUCAUCAGCUAUGCUACUUUUUUGGAGCUUAACAAAAAAACUGCAUGGACCUUGUAAAGCUGAUGAACACCUUCACAUUUGGUUGCACACAUACACACAAAUACUUUUCUUGUUUUCUCCCCCCCCUUUUUUUUUUUUAGUUCUGUUCUGUUCUAUUCUUUUUUGUUUUUGUCUACUAGUUCUCUCAUUUAUAUGUGUACUGGAAGAAUGAAACCAAUACUGUAUGCGAUCGCUUGUUGACUUUGAACCACCUUCGACCAUUAAAUUAGUUGCAGCAAAGACAACAGCAAGUGGAACACUGACCUACUACUGACAACUUCUCUAACCUUUGACCUAAAGAUGUAUUUUAUUAAAACAAUUAUUUAAAUGUACCACAACCAAUAUGCAGUCAAAGUAGCUCUUUUUUGGGGGGGAAACAAUAGAAUAGGCUUUUUGUCUGACAAUAGUCUAAUAUCCUAAUUUUUAAUUUUUAAAAAAUAGAGAAAAAGUACAGUUUUCUGUUGCUCAGUUUUAAAUGAUUGUUUUCAGAUUUCUUCUAAAACAGCAAGCAGACUCAGCUAAAGAGCAGACAUUUUACAUCCUAUGUCACUUCCACUUGAUCUCAUAAUGCAUAUUGAACUAAUCCAGCAAAGCAGUCUAUGUUGCAUGGAUAUAUUUCUCUUUUUUUGUUGUUUCUCCCUGAUUGUAAAGACUUCAGCUUGUACAAUACUUUGAUACAAAGAAAAAUGGAUUGAAACAACGAAGGGGACCACCAUUGAAAUGAGCUGUACAUUUUCUUUCUAAUUUCAAAAGACUGUGAAUAGCAUUAAAAUAUUUCCUCUG